AUGGGCCGAUCCCAGGGCGUUGAGGGAGUCGUCGACGACAAGGUGAAAGUCGUCGCCGUCGAAGCUUCGGCCAGUUCUACGGACCUGGAACGAGCUGAGGCGAGCGACGAGGUCUCUUCCAAGGUUACUCAGCCUGGUUCGCCGGUCAAGACUCACGCCGAAGGCGCCUCAACCCAAGAUGCCCUCCCUCAACAAACUCCCGUGAACAAAGGAGGCCGCUCCGUCAAGUCCAUCGUCGACUGGAUCGAAUCGUCCGGUCCCUCGCCGUCCCCGACCAAGGGGGUCAUCUCGACAUCAACGACUGCUCUCACCACCAAAAGCCCCAAGCCUGGAGUCAAGCCAAGCCAGCCCCUGAGCACCAUCUCUCAGCUCAAGCGCCCUCGCGUCCCAUCCUCCAAUGUUCCAAAUACCGCCGACGUGGACGACGACGAGCUGUCGUACCUCAAAUACCAGGAGUACUUUUCGGACAAGCCAUUGGGCCGUCGCCUCGAUGGCGUGACUGAGGAUCUGUCAAAGCUGCCGGUCGAGGACAUCUUCAAAAAGGCGGAAAAGGCGGUCCACUCUGAGCCAACUCGCGUUCGCGUCCACGGAAUUGUGGGUGAGGCCAAGGGCGCCGCUGAAGAAGCGGCUGGCAGCGAUGACGCUGUUGCGAAGGAACCUACGGGCGAACAACUCUCACGUGGCUUGGGUGCGAUGCUGCCGGAGCCAACUCAGGCCGAAGACAACGCAGAGGCAAACGCUAAACCCGCGGCCGAGACCAACCCAGCCAUGAAAGCAGGAGCGGCCGCGACUUUGGAAGACAAGGAGACGUUUAUUCAGCGAAACCCGGAAGAGGUUAAGGCGUUUUAG